CAGGGUCCCAGGGAGAGCAGAUAUAGUGAAUGCAGGGUUCAGGGAGAGCGGAUAUAGUGAAUGCAGGGUCCGGGGAGGCCAGAUAUAGUGAAUGCAGGGGUCCGGGGAGACCAGAUAUAGGGAAUGCAGGGUCUGGGGAGACCAGAUAUAGGGAAUGCAGGGUCUGGGGAGACCAGAUAUAGGGAAUGCAGGGUCCGGGGAGACCAGAUAUAGGGAAUGCAGGGUCCGGGGAGACCAGAUAUAGGGAAUGCAGGGUCUGGGGAGACCAGAUAUAGGGAAUGCAGGGUCUGGGGAGACCAGAUAUAGGGAAUGCGGGGU